CCUGACGUCAUGAUUGCUGCAGUACCAUACCUGCCCUGAGGCGGCGCUGCUGCACGGUGACCCGGAUGACCUGCGUCCUGCAGUUAAAAGUUGUGUCUUUGUGGUGAAUCUCUCCGUACAACCGCCCAAACCGGCUUACUACGGCGCCAAUAUACAGGUGCGAGCUCAUACGUACAUUCAAGCUACAAAGGACUGGAUGCUUCAGUUUGCCUGUUCCCAUCAUGCCAUCUGCUGAGGUGGUGUUCUAGGAGCUGCUUCGAACAGAGAUUCAGAGUCAUUCAGACCGGUUUGUUGUUCCGACAUUCAUCAUGACGCCCAGGUAUACUUGACUGUACGGUUGUCAUGACUACCGCGGCCUGUAGCGGACGCAGCGCCGGUACCGCAUGAACCACGGGGCCAUGCGGUUGGACAGAGAGCCGGCCCGAUACAACCGUACGUCGGACGCCGCCGCCAUGUCCCGCGAGCGGCGCCGGGGCGGCGCGAGAACCGCGGGAACUUCGUCGGACGUGGAGCGGCAGCUGGCGGCGCUCCAGAGCGAGGUGGCGACCUUGAAGAAGGACAAAGGUCGUAUGGAGCAGCUGCUGUACCGGAGGGCAGUAGACGAGGCCACACGGUCCCCGUCCCCUCCGCAACACGACACGGAGGAUCGCAACAAGUGGGAGAAAUGGGCGUGGCGACAGAGACACCAGAAGGGUGAGGAGUCACCUCGGCAGGUUGAAGGUCAGAGUUCGCCCAUCAGGCAGUCCUUCACAGCCAAACAUCAGGCGAUGUCGGCAGGGUCCAGUCUGAACGGCAGUACUCAGGACCUGGACACGUUGGAGGAUUCAUCAGAAGGAAGGGAGAGACUUCUUGCCAAGAAGAACCGAGAACUGACCUGGACAAUCCGCCAGCUGGAGAAGCGAUGUUCCGCCCUCAAAACCGAAAAUGUUACCUUAAAGCGCCAGAGAGAGGAGUUAGAAUUGGCGGAAGACAAGAUCAGCAAGCUUCAGCGCCGGAACACAGAACUAACGACACUCGCGCGUCGACUGGAGACCAAGGCCAAGACUCUGCAGCAGCACAGUACAGGGAAAUCCAGCCAGCCAACCGGAGAGAACCUGGAACAUUACAAGCGAGUGUUCGCCCGCCAGCGCGCCAAGGACCUCGCCGAUCACGCACAGGCCAUCCUCGCUAAGGACAAGGAGAUCGGACAUCUACAGCAGGAGCUGGGCGUACUGCAGGGUCAGGAGAAGAACGGAGACCUGUACAGUCAUAAGGAGGAACUGCAGCACAUCAUCACUCAGGCAGCGAAGGAGAGACUACAGAUGGAGAGGGUCGUCUGUAGCAGGCUCAACUUACAGAAUGGAGAGUUGGAGACUGACAGGUUUGAUGGUGACAAUGAGAGAGUUCAGAAUCUGCAGCUACAAGUAGAGACACUAACACAGGCUGCCAGCAGGGUACCGGAGUUGGAAAGCAGUUUACAGAAAGAAAAGAAUUCUCAACAGGCCCUUAAGGAGGAACUGAGACAGACGAACAGGAGACUCUCAGCGUUGGAAGUAGAAUUGUCAGAACAGAAAGUCUCCAGAGCACAACUUGAGGAGCAGCUCAGCAACAGCAACCAGAGAUGUACAUACUUGGAAUCUGAACUUGAGAGCCAGGUUGUCGACAAUACCGACCUGACCAAGAGAACAUCAGAGCUACAACGGCAGGUCUCACAACUGGAACAGACCCAGUUUGAGUCUCAGGGCGUUCAGGACCAGCUGACCCAGCUGCUGAUUCAGAACGAGGAACUUCAGACGGAGAAACGGGCUCAGGAAAACAAAGUCCAGCACCUUCAGGCUGUUAUUCAGGUAAACACAGAACCUACAAGCAAAGAAACAAACAAACAAACAAACAAUAUAAAACACCUGCUUCAGAUGGAGAAACGAGCUCAGGAAAACAAAGUACAACAUCUGCAGGCUGUUAUACAGGACUUGGAAGAAGAGCUGCGACAGAACCCUUCUGAGGACCUCGCAGCGACCAAACAUCUCCUAGAGGAGAGGGAGAGAACUGUGCAGGAGCUCCUGCAGCGCCAACAAGAGACUGAAGACUCCCACAGACAAACCCUACACCAACUCCAGGCGAGACUGCAGGAGUUGGACUCCCAGCAUGCCGAGGGGGAGUUGCUAUGCCAACGACAAGCAGAACAGUUGAAGGACUUGUCCGAAAAACUUGCCAAAAAGUCUGACGUUCCGUCCGAACAUUCCGCGCCUUCCGUACCGGCAGCUUCCGUAGGAGUCCAAGUGAACUUAAGGACAGGAACGCAGAAGUCUGUACAGACCGACGCACAGACAGACAUAUCAGGGUCUGAACGGACAGACGCACAGACGACUUCCCGCGAAGCCGACCGGGAAAAACGCGUGAACCAGAUCGUGAAACCAGUGCCAAUCGUCGGGGCCAAGCGGUCUGCGUUUGAAACCGUCUCACCGGCUGCAGGAGUGAACGGCACACCCGAUCCAGCCCCCGCGGUGGUCCCUACGCCGGCUAAGAGGUCGAAUUUGCUGCCUGUCAAUCACCUUGUGGUCGCUACGCCGGGUCAGAGGUCGAUCUCGCCGCCUGUCAAUCACCAGAGUCUUGCCAAAGAGCUGUCCUCCGCCGGGUUCCACCCCAUCCAGGAUCCAGAUGGAUCGGGAGACUCCUGGGACGAGGCCAGUACGUACACUCUACCUUCUCACAACGACAACCCCAGCCCUGAAGCACAGUCUCACACACAGCAGGGAUUAAACGGUUUGGAAGAAGCCGGUGGUGAUGCAGACAUGGACAAACAGGUAUCCGAAGGCAGUGAGACGGCACCGACAGCCAGCAGCGAGGCUGUGCAGGACAGGAAAAAACUCGCUGUUUAUAUUGCAAGAUACUCCUAUAACCCGUACGAUGGACCUAACGAUAACCCGGAGGCAGAGCUGUCGUUCCAGGCGGGGGAUUACGUGUACGUGUACGGGGAGAUGGAUGAGGACAUGUUCUUCCAGGGGGAGUUGAUGGACGGGUCCCGUGGGCUGGUGCCCUCCAACUUUGUGGAGCGGGUGGCGGAUGAAGACAUGCCCAACUGGAGCCCCGCACAGCCGUCAAUCAGUGAUGAGGAUGCUACGCAUGUGUCCUUCCAGAGCGAGGAUGAAGUCAGCAUCAGUCAGCUGGUACCAGAUGGAUCCACCAACGUAGACAACCAGCCUACCACAGCCCUGCAGCUGGCCCCCACCCUUCCAGACAGCUUCACAGAUGUGCUGGACAGCCUACAGAAACCUGACACAAGUCCCAAUAAAACUCCAGUGCCCUGGCCCCAGAACCUGAUGGUUGAGAAGCAGCUGACCAACAGCCUGGUGCUGAAGUGGGAUCCGGCUGACCUUCCCACAGAGGACAUCCUUCACUAUGCAGUCUACCUGAACCGGGAGCUCAAGGCCAAGGUGCCGCCGGACGCCAAACCCAGCGCUCUGGUCGAGGGGGUUGACCCGGAGAAGACGUACAGGGUCUGUGUGAGAACCACAACGAGAACAGGCCAGUCACUGGACCCACAGGCAACAUUACUGGUGGGGAAAGAUGCGACUUUGGCCCCCAGUAGCCUUCACGUGUCAGAGAUCACCCCCACAUCAUGUGAGCUGUCCUGGUUGCCUAGCAACAGCAGCCACGCCCACAGUCUGGUGGUGAACGAGGGUGAACCCAAGAUCCUGCCGCCAGGAGUCUUCAAGCACAGUAUUACUGGUCUCCAGCCAGGGACGUUACAGAAGGUUGAAGUUCGGUCGGAGAAGAGCAGCACGAGUUUGUGGGACUUCAUCGAGAGUAAAACCUGGAAGAGGAAGGAGAACACGUCCGCCAGCGUGCAGUUUGAGACGCUUCCAGGGGGCCCUCCCGACCCCCCGGUUAACGUGACGGUAGAGCCCGGACAGGAGCCGCACCAGGUCCUCAUCAGCUGGCUGCCCGUUACCAUAGAUACGGCGGGGACAUCCAAUGGCGCCGUGGUGCAGGGUUACGCCGUGUACUCGGGGCAGAGGAAGGUGGCGGAGGUCUCGGAACCCACGGGAGACAGCGUUGUCGUGGAAACGUCGACGUUAGCGGGUACGACAGUCGGACCCAUCCUGGUCAGGACCGUAUCCAGCUCUGGGGACUCCAUCAACUCACAGUCAGCUGUUAUUCCCCUCAGUCUCAAGAAAAUGCUGUACCAGAGAUCCAAAAAUCUUCCGACCUUGUCGUCUUCCCAAGUCAUCGCUGAGGAGAUACCUGAGAAGCCAACUGUACGGACGGAUUCUGGGAAAAUACAGAGUAUUGAGAUGAUGUACGAGGGGCGUACAGACGACAGCUCUCCGGAGAGCGACAUUUCAGACGAGCAAGUGGAGCAGUUCGAGCCGUCCGUGGGGCGCACUGUCACCAAGUCACCGCAGGACGGUCUCCCGAUGCCCCCUGGUGGUCUGGACAGGGAACUGCAGGAGAAGAAACCCGAGAUCCGCCCCUCCUUCCGUUCGGAGGUCCACUCAGACAGCAGUAACCACUCAGAGCUGUCGGACAUCGCAGAGGAGGCUGAGGAAGAUCUGGAGGAGGAGGUGAACUCUGACAGCAUGAGCAUCGAUGUGCCCGGGCUGGAGAUGGCACAACCCGUACAUCUCACUGCUAAGCUGAACCAGCCCCCCGGUGAACUUGACCCCGGCGCCAACACGGAGUCAGACUUUGAGGAACCUCCGCUGCCCAGUACCAAGGUCAAGCAAGGUCAUCGCACCCCUCCCACCCAACACUGGAGGGACCAGAGGAGAGGUCACGCCAGUCCUGUGCCAGACACGGAGCUUCCCGAGGAGGAUGACUACAGUUCAGGCGGGGAGUCGGACGUGACCUUGCGGGACAGUAUGGAGGGUGACCGCUCCGCCCCGCGCUGGUUCGUGGCGCUGUUCGAUUACGACCCCAUGACCAUGUCGCCGAACCCCGACGCUGCAGACGAAGAACUGCCCUUCAGGGAAGGACAACUCAUCAAGGUCUAUGGAGACAAGGACGGGGAUGGGUUCUUUAUGGGGGAUGUGGAUGGCAGGUGUGGGGUGGUGCCCUGUAAUCUGGUGGAGGAAAUUGAGGAUGACUAUCGGCUUCAGCAGCUGAGAAACUCCAACAACGUCCUCUCACCCGAUAAACUGGACUCCCUACCAGGAGGAUAUCACAGAGGUCAAGAACCCUACCUUAUGGAGCUUCCCUUCUACCAGGGAGACAUCAUCCAUGUGGUGGGAGAGAUGGAUGAGGAUGGAUUCUUCAUGGGUGAGAUGGAUGGACGGAGAGGCCUGGUCCCCUCUAACUUCCUGGAGGACCUGUCAGGCGACCAGGCAGACAACUAUGCACCACAACCAACCGGUCACGACCGGUCAUAUCACAGCCCCUCACAUAUACAGGACCGAGACGUCUCCCCCCAGCCCGACAGGAGAGAAGCUCAGCCGCCCAAGAAGAAGAAAGGACUUCUUUCGAAGGGCAAGAAACUUUUCAAGAAGCUCGGAGGCAGCGUGGAGGGCAAGAGCAAGAGAUAG